GUCCAACUCUGCGCCAUUUUAUCUAAUAGCUUUAUCGCAAGGGCUUAUUGUUCACCGGUAAACUAUGGGAGCCAGCGACUCCAAAAUCGUCUUCAAGAGAGGCAUCUUUCGCCUCUCUGAAGAUCGCCACAUAGCUGCAGACGACCCAUACUGGACUUCAUUUUGGGAGCUUCCAGAAUCGUCUGAAGAUGUAUUUAGUCUUUUCUCUCCCGCCGAUAUCCGCCGAACUCGCGACCAGGCGAUAGAGAACGUCGAGACGCUCAUCUUGGCCAUCACCUCUCGCCUCUUCAAUCUCCGCCAUCAUCCUUCCUUCCCUGACGACGUGCUUGCCCCUGAACGAGACGCACUCAACUGUAUUCGAAUUCUUACAAGAUUAUUGCCAUAUCUAUAUGAAAAAGAACCCCUUGCUGCUUGGGAGGAGCGCUUCUUCUGGAGUGCUAGGCGACAGCGAACGCGCAAGUCAGCCAUCGCAAGCGAAGUCCUCUUUGAUGAGGGGCAGACAAAAGAAGAUCUCGAAGCAAACAGCAAAGAGGAAUUCGAGGAUGCCCGUCCUCUUGCAGAAGAGCUGAUUGAUACACUCAUCGACCUUUUGUUCUUCUCGGACUUCACAUUGCCCAAACAACCGAGCGACAAACCAAAAGUGACGUAUGCUAUUUGGCAAAGUGGCGUAGGAUGCCACACUGCUGUUGCUACGACGAAAGAGUUUGAGAGCAACAGAUCUGAGAUUAUGCGGCUUUUGCUCACGCUUACUGGCCAGAGCAUGUACAUGGCACCAACUGUGCUACCAUCCCGUGGCGUACGGAGUCUCACAUACUUGUGUGCCAGUGCAGACAAGCAAGUUGUUCUAUCGGUUCUGUGCUCUCUUCUGAAUACUACUCUCAAAUUCCAUCCAGCGACAUGGCGAGUUCCCUACAACAGCCUUAUUAUCAAAGACACUAAGCAGCUUCUGGUGACACACUCGGCGCAACUACUUCUUUCCAUGUUGCUUUAUCCUAUACCAGAGAGCACAUCUGGAGCUACGCCAAAGAAUGCCUAUCGCCAUUUCCUUGGUCGACUACAUCGACCGCAAGACUUUCAGUUUAUUUUGGAGGGCAUGUCUAGAAUUUUGACACAGCCUCUGCAAGACAAAUCCUCGUACAUACCUGGAACGCAAACCAAUGCCAUACUCGCUCCAGAAAUGCUGAUGCUCUUCUGGGAGACGGUACAAUGUAAUAAGCGAUUUCGGUCGUUCAUCAUCGACACCGACAGAGCACAUGACUUUGUCAUCUUGGCAUUAUUCUAUGCUUUGGAAUAUAAAAAUGACGCUGCAAAGCAAGGCAUAGUGCGCAUGUGUGCCUUUAUUCUCCAGACGUUGAGCGUGGAGAAGACGUUUGGCAUCCAUCUCAAUAAGCAAUUUCAACGCCAGGAUAACCUACCAGCUUGCAUUCGGAUCAACGGUUUCACGGGUUCCUAUGCUGAUUUCCUGUUGCACUCCAUUUACAAUCUCAUUACUACCAGCCAAGGAAGCGUUUCGUCAAUAUACCCGGCUUUGCUUGCAGUAAUCAACAACAUUGCGCCAUAUAUCGAGGGACUCGGCGCUUCUGGUAGCUCGCAGUUGAUGCACUUAUUCUCGCGCAUGUCCUCGCCUUCGUUUUUACUCGCAAACGAUACCAACCACGCACUACUCAAGUCGCUCCUAGAGUCAAUCAACGCGAUUGUCGAACACAAGUACAAGGAAAACCCCCAACUUGUCCUUGCAAUUCUUAAAUCAAAGAAGAAGAUUGAGGGUCUACGCCACUUUACACUAGAAUCAGGUCUAGAAGAAAUGGAGCGCCGCAACCGUCAGCGCAAAGAAGCAGGGAAUGCCGAUUCUACCGGGAAUGAUUCUACGAGAAGCUCCAUUGAGCAGCGACGCAGCCCUACAACGGCAACCUCUGUCAGCGAAACUGCUCCAGAUGAUGAAACAUUCGCUAUUGGUGAUGAUGACGACAGCGAUGAUGAACCUCAACCUACACCAACAGCUUCCAGUACUGCUGACUCUGCGUCUCGCGCAUCUUCAGCGACAGCAGGUGAUGAUGGCAUGCCAGUACAGCUCCCAGGAAUGUCUGAAAAGGCACGUGGCAAGAUGCCUGCUGGAGCUCGAGCAUUUUCUAGACAAAAUAGCACAAGCAGCAUAGGGUCGCAUUCAGUUGGAGGCCAGAGUCAAGGUGGCGCCUUUCAACCCACUCCUCAGUGGCUUGAUAGUUGGCUCCCAGAGCUUCCACUACACACACUCUUGAGUUUAACACAGCAGAUUACGAGUCUUUUACCGAAACAAGCACAGGGCCGCGAACUGUCGCUAUCAGAAACGCUCAAAAAGGUUGGCGAAAUGGACAUCGUCGGUAUCGAGCGCACAACCAUACGUGUGCAAUCUUUUGAAUGGACAUCGCUCUCCCUAGCUUGGUACGAAUCCUUGCUUUGGGCUGUUGUGUUUGCAGGAGAAAUGCAAGUGUCUAAGGGAAGUCUCGGUAUUUGGAACGGCACCGCUAUCAAACUAUUCCGUGUGCAAGAGACUGCUGCUGCCGGGCCCUCCUUGGCAUCACCUCGUGGUGCUGUUGAUGCUGUUGGAAGCAAUAUCGUCUCACGUAUCGGCCAAAUCAAUCUUCGAGGCGGUCCACUCAAUGCAGCCGGCGGUGCGAGACCCGGGCCAGGCUCACCAUUAAGCGAUCAAUGAACAAGACUCUUAUUUGCGUGUACAAACCGACAGUCAAUACUUGCCUAGUAAUUAUUAGCAUAUGAGAUAAUGAAUAACAUAAUGAAUGAAAAACUGUUUCGUAU